AUGAGUACUGACAGCGAUUUGAAAUCAACAAUCAUUGGCGUAACGGAGCGCCUGAUUGCGGCCAUUAAUGCCGCAGAUUAUGCCGCCUAUACUAAGAUGGUUGACCCCAAUCUCACAUCAUUUGAACCCGAGGCGGUCGAUACUCUUAUCAUAGUGUUGACAAAAGACACGGCACCUAAAAGGACUUCACUAUUGUCACCAGUAGUACACAAAUUGGGAACAGACAGCGCUGUCAUUGCAUACAUCAGACUGAACCAAUUUGUCGAUAAGAACGGAAAUGUUGUGACCACUCGAGGGGAAGAGACUCGGGUUUGGCAUAAAAAAGAUGGUAAAUGGCAGUUGGUUCACUUCCAUCGCUCAGACGUUCCCAGCAAUUAUCUGAUUGAGAAGUAG